AUGCUUGCGGAUCCCCAGUCGUCUCAGGCCGCUCCCACCAGUCUGCCGUCAAUUGACGGCCUCACCAACAGUAUUUCAGAGUUUUCCUAUGAUCCGGAGAACGGCGUAACGUUUGAGUCUUGGUAUCGGCGUUUCGAAGACCUGUUCCGAGUCGAUCUCGCGUCCCAGGAUGACACAUGGAAGGUCAGACUCCUCACCCGCAAACUGGGCCCAGCCGAACUCAAGAGAUACAUAGACACUAUCCUUCCCAAAUCCUCGCUCGACUUUACUUUUGGAGAAACCGUUCAAAAUCUCAAGCGUAUGUUUGGAGAACUCACCUCCUUAUUCAGUACCCGGUACCAAUGCCUCAAACUCGAAAUAGGGGAGUUUGACGACUUCCUUGAUCAUCUAGCGGUGCUGCCGCCACCGAUCGCAACGCUAGUGAAGACCAACAGAGAUCAAUUAGCAGCAGAUAGGUCUUCACCCCCAAGGCAGGGUGGCCGAAAACGACAGAAACCAACACUAUUCCAAGUCGACCCAAAGAAGAAGCGUUAUUAG